AUGGGACUCGUCGAGGCUCUCAUCGACUAUGCCUCCGUCAAGUUGGUCCUGGCCCUCGUGCCAGGCCUUCUCCUGACCUACAUAAUUAUGGCUGUCAUCGUGCGGCCCGCAUGGCAGGAGAUGAAGUUAUCCCAGAAGCCGGGAUCAAGGGCCUCCCCUAUCAAGUCGACGAUGCCAUUCAGCCUCGACUUUCUCUGGGCUGGCAUCACCGCCGGAAAGAAGAAUGAGACCCACCUAUUCUGGCACGACAUGUUCAAGAAUGCCCCUUCUCACACGGUCGAAGGCCGCAUUGCUGGCCGCCGCAUCAUCUUCACCGCCGACCAUGAGAACAUCAAGGCUAUCCUAGCCACGCAGUUCAACGACUAUGGCAAGGGCGAGCCCUUCCACGAAGAAUGGAAAGCCUUCCUGGGCGAUAGUAUCUUCACCACCGACGGCGCCAUGUGGCAUGACAGCCGCCAGUUGAUUCGCCCGCAGUUCAUCAAGGACCGCGUCAGCGAUCUGCACGUCUUCGAGAGCCACAUGCAGACCCUCUUCCGCGCCAUCGCGAACGGGGGCGCCCUGAACGGCGAGAACCAACAUGUCGACAUCGAGGCCGGCAACGGGAAGCCCGUGGAUAUUUGCGACCUAUUUUUCCGCUUCACACUGGACUCAGCCACUGACUUUCUCUUGGGUCACGAUCUCAAGUCGCUCAGCAACCCCCAUCAAGAAUUUGCCGAGGCCUUCGGCGAGGUCCAGCGGGUUCAGGGCAUCAUCGCCCGCUCUGGUGCCCUCAACAAGCUCGUCCCACGCGCCUCGUUCAACAAGAACAUGGAGGUGAUCAACCGCUUCAUCAACCUCUACAUCGAGCGCACUCUCCGCCUCACCCCCGAGGAGCUGGCCAGCAAAUCCAAGAGCGACUCAGGCUACACCUUCCUCCACGCGCUCGCCGGAUACACGCGCGACCGCCAGGUGCUGCGCGACCAGCUGAUCGCCGUGCUGCUCGCCGGCCGCGACACCACCGCCUGCACGCUGUCCUGGACCAUCUACGAGCUCGCGCGCCACCCGGAGAUUCUCGAGAAGUUGCGCGCCGAAAUUCUCUCCGUGGUCGGCCCCACCAGGGCGCCCACCUACGACGACCUCAAGAGCAUGAAGUACCUGCAAAACGUCAUGAACGAGACCCUCCGGCUGUACCCCAUCGUCCCCUACAACGUCCGCCUCGCCCUCAAAGAUACCACCCUCCCGCGGGGCGGCGGCCCAGCCGGUCUCGACCCCGUCAAAGUCCUCAAGGACACGCCGAUCGGCUACUCGACGCUCGUGAUGCAGCGGCGCGAGGACCUGUACCCGCCCGCGAGCGCCACCUUCGCGCCGCCGGCCGAGUUCUCGCCGGAGCGCUGGUUCCACUGGCAGCCCAAGCCGUGGCAGUACAUCCCCUUCAACGGUGGGCCGCGCAUCUGCAUCGGCCAGCAGUUCGCCCUCACCGAGAUGGCCUACGUGCUGACCCGCCUGUUUCAGCGCUACGACCGCAUCGAUAACCACAUGGCGCCGCUGGAUGGCGGGGAGCCCGUGCUCAAGGCCGAUAUCGUGCUGCAGCCGGGUAAGGGCGUUGUGGUGGGGCUGUGGGAGGCGAAGGAGGGGGAGAAGCAGUAA